CCAUUUUGUAAGCGCGAGUUAUCGAAGAGUCGUGCGUCGGUGAAAGUUCUUUUAAUUAGCGCAAACUCUCGCACGUUUCGAAUAAUUUUAUGAGAUAAAAUUCAUAAAAUGAGUUACGGAAGACCGCCGCCCCGCAUCGACGGCAUGGUAUCCCUGAAAGUGGACAAUCUAACCUACAGGACGACGCCGGACGACCUGCGAAGGGUCUUUGAACGAUGCGGCGAAGUCGGCGACAUCUACAUACCCCGAGACCGGUUCACCAGGGAAAGCAGGGGCUUCGCCUUCGUCAGAUUCUACGACAAGAGAGACGCCGAAGACGCGCUCGACGCCAUGGACGGGAGGAUGCUCGACGGCAGGGAGCUCCGCGUGCAAAUGGCCCGAUACGGCAGGCCUACGUCGCCCCAUCGUCGGUACGGCGGGCGUCGUCGCAGUAGGGGGAGCAGAAGGAGCCGGUCGAGGUCAAGGCGUCGAUCGUUCAGCAGGAGCAGGUCCCGUUCGGAUAGCAAAAGUUCCAGAGGUCGGUCCAGAUCGGCUUCGAGAGACAAUAAGGAUCGUUCGAAGUCGAACAGCAAGUCCCGUUCUAGAUCUAGGUCUUAGGUGUUUGCAGAGGGUGAAAGGUGCAGUGCAGUUAAUUAGGCGCCUAAUAUCUCUCUCAUAAGGUAUUUAUUAUUAAAAUUACCACCUAAUGACCUAUAUGAGUUAUUUUUUCGUUUUUUUUUAAUUAAUUCCGUAUAUAAUAUGAUUUUUCCGUGUAGUUUAAAAACCGAAACGAAACCAAAAUACUUGUUUGUUUAUGUAGCGACGAAAAUAGUUGGAUGAAAUAUUUGAAAAUGAUGUAAUGGGAUUUGUUCGUAAAUUGACUAAACGGGAAAAAUUAUUUUAGUUUGUAUAUCGGAAAGUUAAGUAAUUAAGCACUUUUUUCAUUGUAUGGUUUAUUCGACGAAGAGCAUGUAAGAUAGACGAAUACCUGUAAUUUUUAUUUUGUAUAUAAAAAUUUCGUUUGUGCUAUUUUUUUCGUUUGGUUAAUCGAAACAUAUAUAUAACGUGCAUUUUAUUAUGUUUAAAAAGUAAGUAAAAUAAAACAGGAAAGAACGGUUUUUAUUUUCGACAAAACAUUAGCCGAUAAAUUAGAUAUAAUUGUUUUGUUCCCCCUUUUUGCGGAAGAUUAAAUUUAAGUAAUUUUCUGUGCAGUUAAAUUUUGUUGAACACAAUUUUUUACUGCAUUAGAAAGGAAAAUUUCGGCAUUAAUUAUAUUUCGCAUUAGUUUGUAUUUGCAAUAUAUCAAAUGUCU